GAAGAAAAGACAACACAUGCUGCUGGUACAUCCGAGACAACGGCGAACCCCACAACAGAAGAAAAGACAACAAAUGCUGCUGGUACAUCCGAUACAACGGAGAACCCCAACCCUACAACAGAGGAAAAGACAACGCAUGCUGCCGGUUCAUCCGAGACAACGGAGAACCCCAACCCCACAACAGAAGAAAAGACAACGCAUGCUGCUGGGACAUCCGAGACAACGGAGAAUCCCAACCCCACAACAGAGGAAAAGACCACGCUUGCUGCUGGGACAUCGGAGACAACUGGGAACCCCAACCCCACAACAGAGGAAAAGAAAACGGAUGCUGCCGGUACAUCUGAGAAGCCUACAACUGGUGCCGCCAUUUCGACUGAGCAGACCACUGCUCCUGGCGAUGUUACGACUUCCGGUGUCAAUAUUUUGCUCUUCAGCUCUAACCUGUAUCUAAUUUUCUGUGUUCUCCAUGGACUUUCUUAUCUGAUAUGA